UGGAAGACUAUCAUACUCCAUAUGUUAUUGCUUACCGGCGACGUAUGCGAUCCGUGAAGAGACCUUCUAAAUUUUCUACUAUAAGAAAAAGUAUAAAGGCUGUAAGCAAAGAGUAUUGUGCUGAGUCAUCUAUAUGCGGCCUCAAACAUCUGGUCGACGUAAACACAUCAUGCUUUGAACGAAUUCUAUGGAUUAUUACAAUGAUUAGUGCCUUGAUCUGCUCAGUGUCUUUGGUCUGGAUGACAUUUAGAAGAUACUAUAGCGCUCCCUUAGUUACCACACAGAUGCCAGAGGGCGUUUCCGUCAGUAAAAUUAUAUUCCCAGCUGUAGGCAUUUGUACAAACAAUAGAAUAAGUAAGCGAGCUGUUUCAGACCUUUCAAAAAAAUUGUUGCAAAAAUCACGUAAUAAAAAUUACUCAGAAAAGGAGAUGUUGUCGCUGCUUAUCGGACUAGGUUUGUUAUACAAUAACCAGCCGCUGGACGACAAACUGGUCAAACCUAUGGAAUUGCAUCGCGCACUCGGUGAUUAUGAUGUGAACGAACUCAUGCGAAAUUUGACACCAAAAUGUGAAGAUUUAUUGUUGAGAUGUGAAUGGAAUGCAGUAGCCGUGAAUUGCAGCAAACUGUUUGAUUUCCGCUUGACAAUGAACGGGUAUUGUUGCACCUUCAAUUAUUUGCGACAAUCUGACGUUACUUUCGAAAGUGCGGACAGCACAACAAGGAGUUUGAAUAUGUAUAAUUACGGAAAUAAAUCUAAUUUCGAUUUCGACGACGGAUUGAAAGUAUUAAUGAAACUUAAUGAAAGUGAUGAUUUUUAUUACAAUAUGCCGUUGCGAGGCGCUCAGUUACAGUUUUCAGACGCUUACGAUUUUCCGGAUGCGCCAAGUGGAAGUUUUGCUAUGCAAAUUAUAAGUCCAAAUGUCCAAAUGACGGUGAUGGUGACGGCCAGUUUCACAGAGGCAUCUCGAGAUAUCCAGCAUGUACCAGUGAAGCUGCGACGUUGUUUGUUCUAUGAUGAAUCUUCCUACCUCCCGUUUUACACCCACAGCGAUUGCUUGCUCAAGUGUCGCAUGUUGUUCCUUCUAUCUAAAUGUAAAUGUACUCCGUUCAAUAUGCCCAAGAUGAUCAACAAGAGGACUUGCGAUAUGAGGGACGUGCCUUGUUUGAAAAUUUACAAUGUUCAAUCGAGAACAGUGAGACCAGACGUAGAUCCAAUACCUCAUGAGCUUGAGUUGGAGAUGGUUGGUGGAGGCAUUCCCUGUCCGAUGUGCUACCCCAGCUGUUCCAAGACUGCAUACAACUACGACUUCAUCAAUGUUAAAAUAUACCCUGAACAUCUGAACGCUGUUCCGGACAAUGAAACCUUGGAUUGGUUACGGGGUGCGGACUUCACCGGAACUUCCAUUGUUCACGUGAAGUACGCGAGGGAAGUUGCAGACUGUUACGGACAGAAUGUUAUAAUGAAAUGGUUCGACUUGAUCAGUAACAUCGGCUCUACGUGUGGAUUCGUGACGGGAUUCAGUUUCGUUUCAGUUCUGGAAUUCAUUUAUUUUUAUACUGUGAAGCUGUUUAGAGAGAUUAAUAACCGACGAAAACAAGAAAAAUGUAAAGCAAGCGAAAUAUCCGCAUCUAGAUACGAACCAAUUAAUCGUUAUCGACCAAUUUACUGGAAUGAGAUUGGUGGGUCCACAAAGUGGAGACCACGCUCUAAGAAGACCGUAUAAAUUUAUCAAUCAUAUUUUUUUGUAUUAUAUUCUUCUAUAAGGUCAAUAGUAGACUAUUUAAAUAAAUAAUA